UCGUCCGCGAUUUGCCCUUUCUAAAAUUCCCUCCAAUUGUACAACAACGAUACACUGAAGCUAAGCUCCAAUGGCGAUUUCCUAGUCCCUCCCUCUGUCCCUCUAAAAAUUUUUGAAGAAUGAGAAUUUCAGCAAAUGUUCUUGCCACCCAUCUAUUUGCUCUCUUUCUCUGUCUAUGAAUGGCCAAUUUCUUGCCCCUCUGUAUCUCUCUCUAAAAGUUUGUGAAGGAUGGGAAGCGCAGCAAAUGUUCUCGUUACGCAUAUUCUUCCUUUCAUUCUCUCUCUAAGAGUGGCUUUAGCCUCUGCUAACACCUGCGAAUUCAGCAUGCUCGACCAAAACAAGCUUUACAAUUUCAGCUUGGCAUCCCCAAUAAAAAAUUACCCUCAUGGGGUUCUCAGCGAAGAUGGGUUUUAUGUGGUUGCAUUAAAUGGCACCAUUCUUUGGUUUCAGCUCUGUGAUAGGAUGUUAUUCAAUCAUAACCCUCCAAGGUGUUUCAGAUGCGAGGGUUGUGAUGGGUCACUAUACUGUGGUGCAAGAUGCAGUGCACUAGUGGCAGAAAAUAUUGCAGGCUAUCAUGUAUGUAGAGCAAUUGGACGAGCCUCUAACUCAGUUAUUACUCUCCUAGAUAGAAAGGAUCCACAUAAAGGUGUUAUUGUGAGGAUGACUGCUAGCAGUUAUAAUAGUAAUUGCUCACUUUCUGUAUCGGUUGUUUGUGAUACAAAUCGAGCACUGGGUCCAAACUCACUGGAGCUAUUAGGGACAUGUGAUUAUGCUACUGUUCUCAGGCAUCCAGCUGGUUGUGCUAAGGUCAUAUCUCUUGAUGGAAAUGAAUGGGGAUGGUUUGGUACUCUCAUUACUAUAAUUGUGUGCCUCUUUGGAGCAUAUUUUCUGGUUGGUAUGGUUUAUCGGUUCUUUUUCCUUGGAAUUCAGGGUGUAGAGGUGGUUCCCAACCUGGAGUUUUGGCUCAGCCUACCACGACGAUCUCAGAAUCUAGUGGGAGCUAUAUGGAGAAGAACAGGCAGACAGGCUCAAGCAAGCCGGAGCUCAUACAGUACACUCAACUUUUAAAGUUUUAAUGGCAAAUUUGUCCAUUGUGACUCAAUUUUGCAUUCCUGUGGUGUUUACAUGAAGAGAGAGAAGGGAGAGAAAUGUGGUAAAAGGUGUAUAUUGAUUCAUUCACAUGACCUCUCUGCCUGAGUCCUUCGUAGCAAGUGAAUGAAAGUCCCCGGUUCAUGGGAUUUAUCUUCUGAUUUGGCAAGUAGAUAAAAUUGCAGAGUUGUAGAUUAACAAUUCUUUGGUUUCUAUUGCUUAUUUUGGAUGGUGAUUCUUGGCAUUUUGUAAUAAGGAAUGGUGCUAUCCAUGCUUCUGCUGAUUUGAGCAAAA